AUGACUACAACAAAAUCUCUCAAUCCUCUCCCAUACUCGGACUUCAGGAGCGAUACAUCAACAGCCCCUACGCCAGAUAUGUUUGCGGCUAUGAUGAAAGCAUCCUUAGGGGACGAUGUAUAUAACGAAGAUGACUCUGUUAAAACACUCGAACAAUACGUUGCCACGCUCACGGGCCAUGAGGCGGGACUCUUUUGCUCAUCAGGGACAAUGACAAAUCAAUUAGCACAUCGUGUACAUUUGUGUAACCCCCCUCAAUCCGCUGUAGUCGAUAUUCGAUCCCAUGUCUUCAAUUACGAGGCAGGCGGUAUCUCGUUCCAUUCGCAGGCUGCAGUAAAUCCAAUCAUGCCCGCCAACGGCAAAUACCUCACGGUCGAAGAUAUUGCUCCACGUCUAGUCCUCGAUGUAGAUGUACACUACGCACCGACGCGUGUCAUCUCCCUCGAAAACACACUCAAUGGCACCAUCAUGCCCCUUGAAGAGAUUAUCAGGAUCCGUGAACUCACAAAGCAACAUGGUAUUAAACUUCACCUCGACGGUGCUAGGCUAUGGCAUGCAAGCGUCGCAACCGGUAUCUCAAUGAAAGAGUACUGCAGUCACUUCGAUACCGUCUCGCUUUGCCUCUCCAAGGGAAUCGGUGCUCCUAUCGGCUCCAUCUUGGUCGGUAGUGAGACUUCUAUCAAGAAAGCAAGGCACUUCCGUCUGCUUUUCGGAGGCGGAUGGCGACAAGCCGGCAUCCUAGCAGAAGCUGCGCUCUGGGGCAUCAAGAACAAUUGGCCCACGAUGGUGGAAACACAUUGCCGGGCUAAACAAAUCGAGAGCGCCUUCCUCAAAGCCGGCUGCCGUAUUACCAACCCUGUUGAGACAAAUAUGGUUUGGGUCGAUACAUCGGACGCUGGCUUCACAGUAGAUGCGUUGAUGGGUGAGCUAGCCAAGGAAGGUAUCAAGAUCAGCGGUAGCGGUUACGCAGCUCGGGUAGUUCUUCAUUACCAGAUCAGCGACGAAGCCGUUCAACGGUUCAUCUCUGUCCUUUAUAGACUGACCUGCUUCAAACUGAAGGCAACAACCAUGCUCGAGAAAACCAUGAGCGUUGAGCAAGAUGGUGUUGAGCAAACCACUUCGUACUAA